CCCGCUUCGUUCUCUGUACAAAUUUCUUCGAAACAAAGAAAACUUGAUUCGUUUGCAGGUGGUAAAAAAGAGAAAUCAUGGCCGCUGAACUAGUCUUUGGCAUCCACACUGUUGAUUCAUGGACUCAGCAGCUCAAUAAUGCGAAGGAGUCCAAACAACUGGUUGUUGUGGACUUUACGGCUACUUGGUGUGGUCCUUGCCGUAUUAUUGCCCCAAUCUUUUCAGAGUUAGCCAAGAAAUUCACUAAUGUCAUCUUCUUGAAGGUUGAUGUGGAUGAACUGAGGACUGUUGCUGAGGAGUGGUCUGUGGAGGCAAUGCCAACUUUCAUUUUCUUGAAAGAAGGCAAAUUAGUGCACAAGAUUGUGGGUGCCCGGAAGGAUGAACUAGUGCAGGUGGUAGAAAAGCUUGCAACUGAAACUGCCUCUGCUUGAUGCAUGAGGAGUGCUGUGGGUUUCUUAGUUGUUUCUAAAUAAGAAAACUAUUAUCUAAAACAUGUCUUAUGUGUUUGUGUGCUGCUACAUAUAACUCUGUAUUUGGGUAAUGUUGGACUGUAAGUAGAAUGCCUUUGAACAGUGGUUCCUUUGGCAUCCAAUUUAUGGUGACACUGUCCUGUAUGGCUUUGUUAUGUUAAAGGCUUGAUUCAGUGUUUUUUCUUUCUGGUUGUGUAAAUAAGAUCGCCCUAGCUAUUCUUG